GCUUGUGUCAGUAGUGGGGGUUUGUGAACUUCAGGACGCCUUCUCCUUGAGAGGCCUAGUGACUCUUCACGAUUCCCUGGGGUCUCAGAACUUUCUGGCGCCUCCCUCCCUUAACCUCUGCCUAGACUCGAGGCGUUGAGGGCUUGACCGGUUCCCAAUGUCAAUUUGGCAGCGCUUCCAGCCACGUCGCCCCCUGGCGGCGGGGAGGACUCGUGGCGCUCUCUGAAAGUGGCGGCCUAAUUAAUUGGCCGGGAACUGUCCAUUUUCGUCCGGGUGGCUGCAAAGAGUCAGCAACGCGGGAGCGGCUUCCGUGCUAAAAUCCUAUUCUAAGAACUCGGGCACUCAAGUUUCUACCAUGGUGUUGGGUCCUGAACAGAACAUGCCAGAUGACAAUGCAUCUGGAGACCAUGGGGACGCUGCCAGUCUUGGUGUCAUCAACUCUGCCUAUAGUCACUCCUCUCUUCCGCAGUCCACUGGGGACGCAGGGGAGCCCUUCGCCACUUACUUUGAUGAGAAGAUCCCAAUUCCUGAAGAGCAGCACUCUUGUUUUAGCUUUCGUAAACUCUGGGCUUUCACCGGACCAGGAUUUCUCAUGAGCAUUGCCUACCUGGAUCCAGGAAACAUCGAAUCUGAUUUGCAGUCUGGAGCAGUGGCUGGGUUUAAGUUGCUCUGGGUCCUUCUGUUGGCCACCAUUGUGGGGCUGCUGCUCCAGCGCCUUGCUGCCAGACUGGGAGUGGUCACUGGGCUGCAUCUUGCUGAAGUGUGUCAUCGUCACUAUCCCAAGGUCCCACGGAUCAUCCUGUGGCUGAUGGUGGAGUUGGCUAUCAUUGGCUCAGAUAUGCAAGAAGUUAUUGGCUCAGCCAUUGCCAUCAAUCUCCUGUCUAUAGGAAGGGUUCCUUUAUGGGGUGGAGUUCUAAUCACCAUUGCAGAUACCUUUGUGUUUCUCUUUCUGGACAAAUAUGGUCUGCGGAAACUGGAAGCCUUUUUUGGCUUUCUCAUCACUCUUAUGGCGCUCACAUUUGGAUAUGAGUAUGUUACAGUGAGACCCAGCCAGAGCCAAGUGCUCAGGGGCAUGUUCGUGCCAUCCUGUUCAGGCUGUCGCACCCCACAGAUUGAGCAGGCUGUGGGCAUCGUGGGAGCUGUCAUCAUGCCACACAACAUGUACUUGCAUUCUGCAUUAGUCAAGUCUAGACAGGUGAACCGAGCCAAUAAGCAGGAAGUUCGAGAAGCCAAUAAAUACUUUUUCGUUGAAUCCUGCAUUGCUCUCUUUGUUUCCUUCAUCAUCAACGUUUUUGUCGUCUCGGUCUUUGCUGAAGCGUUUUUUGAGAAAACCAACGAGCAGGUGGUUGAUGUGUGUAGAAAUAGCAGCAGUCCCUACACUGGCCUCUUUCCUGAAGAUAAUUCAACACUGGCAGUGGACAUCUACAAAGGGGGCGUUGUGCUGGGCUGUUACUUCGGGCCUGCCGCACUGUACAUCUGGGCCGUGGGGAUCCUGGCUGCAGGACAGAGCUCCACCAUGACUGGAACCUAUUCUGGCCAGUUUGUCAUGGAGGGAUUCCUGAAUCUCAAAUGGUCACGCUUUGCCCGAGUGAUUCUGACACGCUCAAUUGCUAUCAUCCCCACUCUGCUUGUAUCUGUCUUCCAAGAUGUAGAACAUUUAACAGGGAUGAAUGACUUCCUGAAUGUUCUGCAGAGCCUACAGCUCCCCUUUGCUCUCAUACCCAUCCUCACAUUCACAAGUUUGCGGCCCGUGAUGAACGAUUUUGCCAAUGGAAUAGGCUGGAGGAUUGCAGGAGGAAUCUUGGUCCUCAUCGUUUGUUCCAUCAACAUGUACUUUGUAGUGGUUUAUGUCCGGGAACUAGGGCAUGUGGCGUUGUACGUGGUGGCUGCCGUGGUCAGUGUGGCAUAUCUGGGCUUUGUGUUCUACUUGGGUUGGCAGUGUUUGGUUGCACUGGGCAUGUCCUUCCUGGACUGUGGGCACACGUACCACCUGGGAUUGACUGGCCAGCCCGAACUCUACCUCUUGAACACCGUGGAUGCUGACUCGCUUGUAUCCAGAUGACAGCAGCUUAACAGCAUAUAAGACUGCUUUCUUUAAGUCCGUUUUGUGCCAAGGGCUCUGUUAAAAUAUCUCUGUUAGUUCAGAGGUGAGUUUUGUUCAGAAGUUUUGAACAAAAGGCAAAGCUUUCCUCACAGGAAGGGUGUUGAAAACAGACAGUGUAAGUGUAGGUCAGAGACCACGCACCUCAUAACAGUCACACAGACCAGUUAAGAAAUUGGCCAUUGUAAUGGCCACACACCCCUAUGGGUUUGUGUCUUGACUUCUGGGUUUUGAAAAAUAUAUAUGUCUAUUUAUUUAUCUAAGCCUGAACAUACCAGUUUGGGUAGUUUUAAGUUUAUAUAAGACAAAUCUUUUGUAUUUUUUUAAAGAGUAUUUUCAGGUAAAUCAAAUAUUUGGAUCACAAGUGAAAAAGUGAAGUAGUCAGAUUGUCUUAGCAUGAACUUUACUGUGCCAGGUAAAUUUCAUUUCAAUUUUAAUCAGCCAGAUUACAGUCUUGGUAUCCACUGAUAUUAGCACAUUUAUUCCCAAAGAAAAUGUUUCUUCUAUUUGGAAAUCAUACUUAACCCUUGUUAUCACCCUGCUUUAAUUAUUAUUGUAUUUGUUGUUGCUUAUCUUGAAAUGUCUUCUAGUUAUUAAACAGGGAUGUAAUGACAGGAUUUGCCAAAGCUCUUAGUACACAGUUACAGAGUGCGGGCACUGCACUUUCGCCAGUGAUGAAUUGUGCACACGGCAUUGUAACUCAGCCCACUCUGGCAUUCAAGUUUCAGAAGGAAAAAGAAGAAACUUGUGGCUUGUAACUUUGUAUGUCCUCACAAAAGAUAAUGGAAGUACUAAUCUUAUUUCUACUGUUAAUCCCACGAUGUCUUGUCUUUCCAGUUUUCUCAGUGAUACUCCAAACAUUCCCAAGGACAAAAGUCUUAUUUCUGGGAAUGACUAAUAUUUAUAUUGUUGAGUCUCCUAGGAAAUGCUAAGCAUUUCUCUUCAGGUAUUAGUACAAGUAAUUUGAGGGUAAUAUAGACUGGGACUUACUAGUUUAGUCCACAUAUCACAAACUGCCUACAUUAGGUUAUAGAUUUCUUUUGACCUCUCUUCUUAACUAGUUGUUUUUUCCUCUUAAAAUUUGUACAAUAAAGUCCAUAUGUAAAAAUUAAAAGCUUUAUCAUAAUUGUCUGAGAUUCAGAAGAUUUGCAACUUACCUCACAUUCCUGCACAAAGUGCAGUUGACUGGAACUAAGUGGCAGCUGUCCAUUUUCUGUGACAUACCCUUCUGGGUGGGGCACACGCCAUCACAUCUCCCCUUUCUUCCUUUUGGCCCCAGAAGUGUUGAGUCUGCAAACUGUGCAGCCUUUCUGUAACUCUGAGCAUUAUUUUUUGUC